AUGAGUCGCACGGAGGCUGAUCUCGCAAUCAACAUCCGUAAAGCCACCAGUAUCGAGGAAACCGCUCCAAAACGGAAACAUGUCCGGAGCUGCAUUGUCUACACAUGGGACCACAAAUCUUCUGCCGCCUUCUGGGCCGGCAUGAAAGUUCAACCUGUCCUCGCCGAUGAAGUCCAGACGUUCAAGGCCCUGAUCACGAUACACAAGGUUUUGCAGGAAGGCCACCCGAUCGUUGUCCGGGAGGCGCAACAGCAUGUCAAUUGGAUUGAUAGUUUGAUGAGAGGUGUCGGAGGCGACGGGAUUAGAGGAUACGGCCCGCUCAUCCGGGAGUAUGUUUACUUCCUCGAGUCGAAAUUGACGUUUCAUCGGAAUCAUCCCGAGUUCAAUGGUUUGUUCGAAUAUGAGGAGUAUAUCAGUUUGAAGACCAUCAACGACCCCAACGAAGGAUAUGAGACCAUCACCGACCUCAUGACCCUACAGGAUCAGAUUGAUGCCUUCCAGAAGCUGAUCUUCUCGCAUUUCCAAUCGGGAACCAAUAACGAGUGUAGAAUCUCUGCUCUGGUUCCCCUUGUACAGGAGAGCUAUGGCAUUUACAAGUUCAUCACGAGCAUGUUGCGGGCCAUGCAUACCACCACGGGUGAUAACGACGCUCUCGAACCACUCCGCGGCCGAUACGAUGCCCAGCACUAUCGCCUCGUCCGGUUCUACUACGAAUGUUCCAAUCUGCGUUAUUUGACAAGUCUGAUUACAGUCCCCAAGCUGCCUCAGGAUCCUCCCAGUCUGCUGGGCGAAGAUGAAGACCGCCCAGCGCUACCCCAGCGGCCGACGAAGGAGGUGGAGAAACAGCCAUCUCCGCCACCGAAGCCAGUAGCGGCCGAGCCGGAACCGAUCAACGACUUCUGGACGAACGAGGCCAAGCGUCAGCAGGAAGAGUUCGAAGCCGAGCAACAGCGUCUCCAGCAACAGUGGGAGGAUCAACAGCGACAGCAAGUUCUCGCUCAGCAGCAAGCGCAGCGGGACUUCGAGGAACAGCAGCGUUUACAGGCCGAGCAACAGCGACUAGCCCAGGAGCAACUUCUGCGUGAGCAAUAUCAGACGCAGACUCAGGGCCGCUUGGCCGAGCUUGAGCGGGAGAACCUGAACGCUCGGGCGCAAUACGAGCGCGAUCAGUUGAUGCUGCAACAGUAUGACCGCCGGGUAAAGGAUCUGGAGGAGCAGAUGGCACACCUCAACACAAACCUGAACAUGCAGAACGCCUCGAAGGACGAGCAGAUCCGCGCGCUCCAGGAACAGGUCAACACCUGGCGAUCGAAAUACGAGGCUCUCGCCAAGCUCUAUUCCCAACUACGCCAGGAACAUCUUGACCUUCUGCAGACAACAAAGAGCCUCAAGCUCAAGGCUGCAUCUGCACAAGAAGCCAUUGACCGCCGGGAGAAGCUUGAGCGCGAGCUCAAGACCAAGAAUCUGGAGCUGGCGGACAUGAUCAGGGAAAGGGAUCGUGCUCUGCACGACAGAGACCGCUUGACGGGAACGAACAAAGAGGAGCUGGAGAAGCUCAAGCGCGAGCUCCGUCUUGCUAUUGAGCGUGCUGAGAAUGCGGAGCGCUCAAAGGGCACCGAGAUCUCUUCCCUGUUGUCGAAGUACAACCGUGAGAUGGCGGAUCUUGAGGAAUCGUUGAGAAAAAAAACGCGUGCCCUAGAGGAGUUCUCUUCGCGGACUAUGGACCACCAAGGAGAUCAUGAUCUUGCCCUUCGUGAGAAGGACGAGGAAAUUGAGGUCUAUAAGUCUGGAAUGGAACAGGCGCUCAUGGAGCUUGAGGAAUUGAGAUUGAGCCAAGGAGACGUCGACCAUGCGCUUGACUCCCAAAUUGACACUGUUCUUCAAGGCACCGUAUCCAAGAUCAAUGACAUUAUCGAUUCGGUGCUCCAGACCGGUGUGCAGCGUGUUGACGACGCUCUUUACGAAUUGGACUCCUCCAUGCAAGCUGGUAACCAGAAUGCUUCUCCCCCCUACGUGCUCUCUCAGAUCGAAAAGGCAUCGGCUUCCGCCACGGAAUUCUCGACGGCUUUCAACAACUUUAUCGCCGACGGCCCGAACAGUCCCCAUGCUGAAAUUAUCCGAACCGUAUCCAUCUUCUCGGGUUCAGUUGCGGAUGUGCUGAGCAACACAAAGGGUCUGACCCGCUUUGCCAAUGACGACAAGAGCGCGGAUCAGCUCCUCAACGCCGCUCGGAAGUCUGCACAGGCGACCGUGCGUUUCUUCCGGGGUCUUCAGUCCUUCCGCCUGGAGGGUCUGGAGGCUCUGCAGAAGACCGAUGUCGUGAUCAACAACAAUUUGGAGGUGCAGAAGGAUCUGCAGUCCCUGUCCAAGCUGGUCGAUGCGUUUGCUCCCAAGGGAAGCAAGAUCAGCACCAGUGGAGAUCUGGGCGAUCUGGUGGACCAGGAGUUGAGCAAGGCAGCCGACGCAAUUGAGGCCGCCGCAGCACGCCUGGCCAAGCUUAAGACGAAGCCUCGCGAGGGCUACUCGACAUAUGAGCUUCGCAUCAACGAUGUGAUUCUCGAGGCGGCUAUCGCCGUGACCAAUGCCAUUGCCGCGCUGAUCAAGGCCGCCACGGAAUCCCAGCAGGAGAUUGUGCGGGAGGGUCGCGGCAGCUCGUCGAGAACAGCCUUCUACAAGAAGAACAAUCGGUGGACGGAAGGUCUCAUUUCGGCGGCCAAGGCAGUUGCUACCUCGACGAACCGUUUGAUUGAGACUGCGGACGGCGUCAUCUCCGGCCGCAACUCCCCCGAGCAACUCAUCGUGGCCAGUAACGAUGUGGCAGCCAGCACUGCCCAGCUGGUGGCCGCUAGCCGAGUCAAGGCCACGUUUAUGAGCAAGACACAGGAUCGCCUGGAAGCCGCCAGCAAGGCGGUCGGAGCUGCCUGCCGAGCUCUGGUGCGGCAGGUGCAGGACCUCAUCUCGGAGAGAAACCGGGACGACACAGAGGCUGUGGAUUAUUCGAAACUCAGCUCGCACGAGUUCAAAGUGCGAGAAAUGGAGCAGCAGGUCGAAAUCCUUCAACUCGAGAACAAUCUGGCCCGUGCUCGCCAGCGCCUUGGCGAAAUGCGGAAGAUCUCUUAUCAGGAGGAAUAA